CCCAGCCCCAGCCCCAGCCCCUGUCGCGCGCGGCGGCCGCGGCUGCCAGAGGAAAACGGGAGGCACCACACUGGAGCGGAGAAACCAGUUUGGCCGGUCCUGGGAAGCCCAGGGAAGAGGGCGGCCGCUGAAGAAGGGCGCACGGAGCCAGGGUGGAGGAACGCGGAGAGCCGUUGGCGACAGAGCCGGAGGAGCCGCAGCAGCCGCGGCCAACUGGACACGCUUCCCGGGGCCCCGGGCCAGCCCCGGUGCGCCAUGAAGCGCUAGCGCGGCGGCCAGGGCUGGGGCCGGGCGGCGGCGGCCAGGUGCGCAGCGAACGCUCGGACGGCACGAACCAGCGGAUGCCCCAGCCGGGGCCCAGCGAGCUCCAGGUAGUUCCAGUUUGCCAGCAGAAUGAAUACAGAAAGAGACUCAGAAACUACAUUCGAGGAGGACUCCCAACCUAAUGAUGAAGUGGUUCCCUACAGUGAUGAUGAAACCGAAGAUGAACUUGAAGAUCACGGGCCUGCGGCUGAACCGGAACAGAACAGAAUCAACAGAGAAGCUGAGGAAAACCGCGAGCCAUUCAGAAAAGACUGUACAUGGGAAGUCAAAGCAAACGAUCGAAGUUUCCACGAACAACCUCGUUUUAUGAACAGAAAGUUCUUAUGCAUCAAGGAGAGCAAAUAUGCGAAUAAUGCAAUAAAAACCUACAAGUAUAAUGCAUUUACCUUUCUACCAAUGAAUUUGUUUGAGCAAUUUAAGAGAGCAGCCAAUUUCUAUUUCCUGGUCCUUCUUAUCUUACAGGCAAUUCCUGAAAUCACUACCUUGGCUUGGUACACCACCCUGUUUCCUUUGCUUUUGGUGCUGGGCAUCACUGCGAUCAAAGACCUGGUAGAUGACGUGGCUCGCCAUAGGAUGGAUAAUGAAGUAAACAACAGGACAUGUGAAGUCAUCAAGGAUGGCAGGUUCAAAAUUACCAAGUGGAAAAAUAUUCAAGUUGGAGAUGUCAUUCGUCUGAAAAAAAAUGAUUUUAUUCCAGCUGACAUUCUGCUGCUGUCCAGCUCUGAGCCGAACAGUCUGUGUUAUGUUGAAACAGCUGAGCUAGAUGGAGAAACCAAUUUAAAGUUCAAAAUGGCACUUGAAAUAACAGACCAGUAUCUCCAAAAAGAGAACACAUUGGCAACGUUUGAUGGUUUUAUCGAAUGUGAAGAACCCAAUAACCGACUAGAUAAGUUUACAGGAACACUAUUUUGGAGAAACUCAAGUUUUCCCCUGGAUGCUGAUAAAAUUUUGUUACGCGGCUGUGUAAUUAGGAACACUGAUAUCUGCCAUGGAUUGGUCAUUUUUGCAGGUGCUGACACUAAAAUAAUGAAGAAUAGUGGGAAAACCAGAUUUAAAAGAACUAAAAUUGAUUACUUGAUGAACUACAUGGUGUACACGAUCUUUGUUGUUCUCAUCCUGCUUUCUGCCGGCCUUGCCAUUGGCCAUGCUUACUGGGAAGCACAAGUUGGCAAUUAUUCUUGGUACCUCUAUGAUGGAGAAGAUGCCACACCCUCCUACCGUGGAUUCCUCAUCUUCUGGGGCUACAUCAUUGUUCUUAACACCAUGGUGCCCAUCUCCCUCUAUGUCAGCGUGGAAGUGAUUCGUCUUGGACAGAGUUACUUCAUCAACUGGGACCUGCAGAUGUACUACCCUGAGAAGGACACGCCGGCAAAGGCUAGGACCACCACGCUGAAUGAGCAGCUGGGGCAGAUUCAUUACAUUUUCUCAGAUAAGACGGGAACACUGACACAGAAUAUCAUGACCUUCAAAAAAUGCUGCAUCAACGGGCAAAUAUAUGGAGACCACCGGGAUGCUUCCCAACACGCCCACAGCAAAAUAGAGCAAGUUGAUUUUAGCUGGAAUACGUUCGCUGAUGGAAAGUUUGCAUUUUACGACCAUUAUCUUAUUGAGCAAAUCCAGUCAGGGAAAGAGUCUGAAGUACGACAGUUCUUCUUCUUGCUUGCAGUUUGUCACACAGUCAUGGUGGAAAGAACUGAUGGUCAGCUCAACUAUCAAGCAGCCUCUCCCGAUGAAGGUGCUCUUGUGAACGCUGCCAGGAACUUUGGCUUUGUCUUCCUCGCCAGGACUCAGAACACGAUCACCAUCAGCGAGUUGGGAACUGAAAGGACCUACCAUGUUCUUGCUCUUUUAGACUUCAAUAGUGAACGGAAGCGAAUGUCCGUCAUUGUAAGAACUCCAGAAGGCAACAUCAGGCUUUAUUGUAAAGGGGCUGACACUGUGAUUUAUGAACGGCUAUAUCGAAUAAAUCCUAUAAAGCAAGAGACCCAAGAGGCCCUGGAUAUCUUUGCAAGUGAGACUCUGAGAACCCUGUGCCUUUGCUACAAGGAAAUCGAAGAAAAAGAAUUUGCAGAAUGGAAUAAAAAGUUUAUGGCUGCCAGCGUGGCCUCAAGCAACCGUGAUGAAGCUCUGGAUAAAGUCUAUGAGGAGAUAGAAAAAAACUUAAUUCUAUUAGGAGCUACAGCUAUUGAAGACAAGCUACAGGAUGGAGUCCCAGAAACCAUUUCAAAACUUGCAAAAGCAGACAUUAAGAUCUGGGUGCUUACUGGAGACAAAAAGGAAACUGCUGAAAAUAUAGGAUUUGCUUGUGAACUUCUGACUGAAGACACCACUAUCUGCUAUGGGGAAGAUAUAAAUUCUCUUCUUCAAACCAGGAUGGAAAACCAGAGGAAUAGAGGUGGAGUCUAUGCGAAAUUUGCACCCCCAGUACAUGAACCUUUUUUCCCAUCUGGCGAAAACCGUGCUUUAAUAAUUACCGGUUCUUGGUUGAAUGAAAUCCUUCUAGAGAAAAAAACCAAGAGAAGUAAGAUUCUGAAACUGAAGUUCCCAAGGACAGAAGAAGAAAGACGAAUGCGGACCCAGAGUAAAAGGAGGCUCGAUGCUAAGAAAGAGCAGCAGCAGAAGAACUUUGUGGACCUGGCUUGCGAGUGCAGCGCCGUCAUCUGCUGCCGUGUCACCCCCAAGCAGAAGGCCAUGGUGGUGGACCUGGUGAAGAGGUACAAGAAGGCCAUCACGCUGGCCAUCGGAGAUGGGGCCAACGACGUAAAUAUGAUCAAAACUGCCCACAUUGGUGUCGGAAUCAGUGGACAAGAAGGCAUGCAAGCUGUCAUGUCAAGUGACUAUUCCUUCGCUCAGUUCAGAUACCUGCAGAGACUGUUGCUGGUGCAUGGGCGGUGGUCUUACAUAAGGAUGUGCAAGUUCCUUCGAUACUUCUUUUAUAAAAACUUUGCGUUUACUUUGGUUCAUUUCUGGUACUCCUUCUUCAACGGGUACUCUGCACAGACCGCGUAUGAGGACUGGUUUAUCACCCUCUACAACGUGCUCUACUCCAGCCUGCCCGUCCUCCUCAUGGGACUGCUUGACCAGGAUGUGAGUGACAAACUGAGCCUCCGAUUCCCUGGGUUAUAUGUUGUGGGACAAAGAGACUUGCUGUUUAACUAUAGGAGAUUCUUCGUCAGCUUGCUGCAUGGGAUCUUAACAUCGAUGAUUCUUUUCUUCAUGCCCUUUGGAGCUUAUCUCCAAACCAUGGGCCAGGAUGGAGAGGCACCUUCUGACUACCAGUCUUUUGCCGUUACCAUUGCCUCUGCUCUCAUAAUAACGGUCAAUUUCCAGAUUGGCUUGGAUACUUCUUACUGGACCUUUGUGAAUGCUUUUUCAAUAUUUGGAAGCAUUGCGCUUUAUUUUGGCAUUAUGUUUGACUUUCAUAGUGCUGGAAUACAUGUUCUCUUUCCAUCUGCAUUUCAAUUUACAGGCACGGCUUCAAAUGCUCUGAGACAGCCCUACCUCUGGUUGACCAUCAUUCUAACUGUGGCCGUGUGCUUACUGCCCGUCGUUGCCAUACGUUUCUUGUCAAUGACCAUUUGGCCAUCAGAAAGUGAUAAGAUUCAGAAGCACCGCAAGCGGCUGAAGGCCGAGGAGCAGUGGCAGCGCCGGCAGAACGUGUUCCGCCGGGGCGCGUCGUCCCGCCGCUCGGCGUACGCCUUCUCGCACCAGCGGGGCUACGCCGACCUCAUCUCCUCCGGGCGCAGCCUCCGCAAAAAGCGGGCGCCCUUGGACGCCGUCAUAGCGGACGGAACCGCUGAGUACAGGCGAACUGUGGAGAGCUGAUGCUCUUGCCUCAGCGUGCCCUUUCGGGGAACCGGCACACCAAGGAAAUGUGUAUAUAUAUAUUUUUUUUAUGGAAGACUCAGGAUUUUUUAAAAAUUGAAUUUGUCCCAAGGAUACUGAAGACAAUAACCUUUAUAACAAGCUGCUUGGGUUGGACUAUUAAGCAAUAGCAAAGCCAAGAAUGCCUUUUCGAAGUCUUAUUCUUCUAUGUUCAUUAGGACUCAAAGGGAAUAUUUUAACCCAGUCUCAAUCCUGGAUAACAGACUCAGAAAAGUCUUAUUUUUCAAUUCAAGUGGUAUUACACUAUAAAAUUAUAAAGUUUCCAUCUGUGAUCUUCAGCAUGAAUUUCCCAGAGGUUCCUUUUUUUUUUCUUUUAUGCUACCUUAUUAACAAGGAUGUUUAUUUAUGAUGAUAAUGGCAUAAGAUUUAUGAAUGUGUAUCACCUGCCAUCUAAGUGGUCCAGUAACUUUUUCAAAGUUGAUAAAGGGCUGCGUGGUUUCGUAUUCUCAGAAUGAUUUAAUGAUUCAGUUCAAUCAAGGAAAAUUACUUCAUAUUUGCUAAGUGUAAGGUUGCAAUCUGUUUCCAUUUACGACCAGUAAAAAUAGCUCAUUACAUACCUUUACUAUUGCAUAUUAUUUAGCAACUUCCUGUAGUACCAAGUGAUUUUAUUCCCUCCUUUCCUAAGAAAAAGCAUUUAAAUAUUUAGGGGCUUUUAAAAAACACAGUUUUUUAAAAACUGAGGCUAUCAGUGAUAAAUUGCAGAACAUUUUACAAAGCUUUCUUUUGAAAAGCAAACUUUUGUGCCUGCCUAUAUAUGAAGUAUUUUAUAAGGGAAAUGAGCAGAGACCUCACUCUUUUUCACUUGUCUUACGUCUUGAGAGACAAGGCUGUUGGUAAUCACUGAGUAACAGUGUAUCCUUUUAAAAUUAAAGAUAACUUUAAGUAAUUGUGGAAACCAUCCUCACAGAGGUAAAAGUCAUUUUUCCCAGAGGCUUUUCUCAUUCUGUAUUGCUCACACACUAAUUUCCAUAUUCUAGUGAAGAUGUAGAAGUGUUUUCAGUAAUUCUGUUCUUUACCAUCAGGCUGUGAAUGUUCGUAAUUUUCUGUCUCUUUGAAUUCCUAUGAGGAAAACACAUCAUGUAUAUAGUUCAUUUUCUAAGAAUGAUAAAAAUGUGUAGCUUUUUAUUCUGUGGAAAUAAAUUUCUGAAAGUUUACAACUUUUCCUUAUAAAUAAAAGGAAUUGUACGUUUCUUUUUCCUUUUCCUUUUUUCUUUUUUUAAGAAAAUUAGCUUGUAUAAUUCUGUCAGUUUCAGAUUUCUAUCUGUUUUUUCAAAUCAUGGGAAAGGCUGACAAUGCAAAUGUGUCAAAGACUUAACUGUUAGGUGCAAUAUUAACAAUUUUAAAGUAUGAGUUGCUUUACAUAAAUUAUGUCUAUAUUCUGUACAUCUGAGAUUUAAUGUAUAUUUUUGUUUUAAAAAAUAAAUGCUUUAGUAAAAUCUUG